GCUAGUAUCAAAGUGCAGAUUUGUCGCAUAAUUCAAAAGGGUUUCGGGUCAAAAUGUCACCAAAGUUGCCUGGAUUUUCGGUUCUAUUGAAAAAUAUAUAAAAAAUAACUUGUUUUUUUUUUCGAAAUUUUCUUUGUUUUUAGAAAUUUUUCUUUUUUGUUUCGAAAGCGAAACGCCAAAUUCAAUCAUUUUGCGUGUGCGGUUUUCAAAAUUCUUUGCCCAAGAUGAUGCGUGGAUUGUCCUUAGGGGCGGUUGCAGCUCGACAACGACACACAAAGGACAUCUUUCACGGCGAUCCAUUUAAAAUUCAGUCGUAUAAUUUUCGUUAUGCCGAACGACCCGCCUAUCCAGUGCAGCAAUACCCGAGACCCGAGCCACAGCCAUUACAUGCCAGACCCCAAUUUGAGACAUAUUAUUAUAAUCAUAGAUUCAAAACGAAUCCCAUUGAAAGUCAACCCAUAACGACGACACCUUUGACGAGUGCAAGUGCUUUCACCGAGCACAGGAGACGUAAAUUUCUACACGAUUUCAAGUGUAUACCAACACCGCCGAGAAAGAUUGUAGCACCGAUUAUCAACUCUGCGCGAAGUGCUUCGGUAGCUCCUCAACCAAGACGUAUGCUUGGCACUAAUACCCCCCUAACUGUGACCAAUUCACCGCUCCUUCAAAGUUGUUGUCAUCGUGGGGAGUAUCAAAUGACUCGCCGAGGUUAUCAGAGUACUACCUCUCUGGUUAAAAGUAGCAGCACAAAUGUCCUGCGUACAGGAGCUGGAGCAACGCGUAGUGCCUCGACCGUGAAUUUACAGCGUAACCGAAGUGCCCACAGCGGUUGUGAGAUCAAUAUCAAUAUCAGUGGUCGAGAUUCCGAUUCCGAGAUGGAUAAUAAUGUUCGCAUAAAGAUUGAAACGGACUCGGUUAGUCUGCGAAAUAAUACUGAUAGGGUUGAAAAGUCUACAAUGGCUUCGACUCGCUCGAUUAGCAAUUUUGGUAUAGACAAACGGCUAUCCAAGUUCAAUGUGGGUCAAAAGACUAAUUGUAAUCAAGAACGAAACGAACGUAUUUCUUAUUCGCAGCUUAAACAGCAAGAAGAGCAACGAGAAUACCAACAGCAACGAGAACGCGCCGUACAACGAGAGCGACAACGAGAGCUUUUGCGUGAGUUGGAAAGAGAACGAGACAGAGAUCGUUUGCUUCAACUAGAGGCUGAGCGAGAGCGAGAUCGCUUGCGUCUUUUAGAGAGGGAAACUCAAAGAGAGCUGGAGUUUGAGAGAAUAAAUCGUUAUAAGGAACAACAGAGACGAGAAGCGGAAUUACGUUUACCUAUGCGAGCCGUAGCCAUGCCCUCACCGGUGACAAUGACCUCACAUUUGUAUCGCCGGGAAUCCGAUGAUCGUUUGCCUGGAAUGAUGCCCUUUCGUGAGCUGGCACCAACUAAAAGGGCUCAGCGUUUAAGAAAUCUUACUAGAACUAGUGUAGCGAAAUCGACAUAUGGAUUAAAGACUUCUACAGAUGCUUGUAACUCUGAACCCGCGUCAGUUCCUCCUCCCCCAACUGCAGUUUCUGCUCUCGCUCAUUCUCCAACUUUUCCCGCUGCUACUACAUUCUCCCACAAUCUAGAACGUUGCAGUUCGGGCACUUCCAAUGGCAAUGUCCAUGUGCUGAUCGCCACUGCGGCUAGCAAUCAUAGUCUACGUCGUCGUCUCUCUGCCGUACGUCUCAACGAACAUAAGCCACUUAAUAGCGCCUUGCCUAACUCGACCAGUUCUCAAAAUCUACCCAUACACACUCGUUUAAAUAAUAUGCCCAUACGGAUAACCACAACGCGAUCAGCUGAUAAGGAUCCACAAAUUGCCAUUAAUAAAGUGCGUUUACGGGAUUUAUCACCCAUGCCAGAGCAUCGUAGCAGCAAUAGCCGUCUCGAUUAUAAUGUCAAUAUCAAUGUCUAUGCGGAUCAUUUGCGCAUGAUGCGAUUGUAAUGGGCGGGGUCCCUUAGGAUUUGUCAGAAUCAGUGUUAGAACCACUCUGAAAUCGAGAUUACUUUCAGAGUUGUCCCAACAUUGAUUCUAUGUAUAAUCUUUGUUUUUAAAUUGAACACGAAAUUUAUAUUUUAAAUCCUUUUUUCUUUGGUCAUGUAUUUUACAACUAAAAUUGCCAUAAUAAAUAAAUUUUAGUUUUCCGUU